GAUAUAGAUUUCACCACUGGAGAUGCUGGGGCAUCUGCCACUUUCCCCAUGCAGUGCUCUGCCCUGCACAAGAACGUGUUUGUGGUCCUAAAAGGACGUCCCUGUAAGAUUGUUGAAAUGUCAACUUCCAAGACUGGAAAGCAUGGUCAUGCCAAGGUUCACAUGGUUGGUAUUGAUAUCUUUUCUGGGAAGAAGUAUGAAGAUAUCUGUCCUUCUACCCAUAACAUGGAUGUCCCCAAUAUUAAAAGAAAUGAUUAUCAACUAAUCGGCAUUAAUGAUAAAUACCUGUCCCUUCUGAAUGACAAUGGAGAUGUUCGUAAUGAUCUCAAGCUGCCAGAGGGUGACCUGGGAAAGGAAAUAGAAUCUAAAUUUGAAGCAUGAGAAGAGAUGCUGAUCUCCAUCUUGCAUGCAAUGAAUGAAGAAUGUGCUGUAGCCAUCAAGGCCAUGACCAAAUAAACUGGGAUCCCAGGCACGAGCAAUCUGCUAUGGUCAAGAUAAACCACAGAUCUUAAAUUUGGUUCUGAUUGUCACCAAAGCUAUGGCCUUCAAAACAACCUAAUUUCUUUUUAAAUUGUUUGCAUAUACUGCUCGAUUCUAAAGUUGGUUAUGCAAAUUAACUGGCAAUUUUCAAAAUCACCUCAGUUUUAAACUAAUUAGGAAUGCUAUAGUAGUUGCCUUUAACAUUCCUAUAGGUGUCCAUUUUGAGGGUCCAAUAAAACUGAUCAAGCAUCUUAGUGAGUAUGUUCUAUUGGGUCUGUUUUGCUCAUAAUGCAUACAGAUUAAAUCAGAUUUAGAUAAAUUAGGUAAAGGCAUCUGGAAUAAAAGGUAAUUUCACUAAGCAGUCUAAACCAACCUUGAUAUACCUUAUGAAUACAUAGACAAGAGCUUAAACUAAUUUAAAAUAGCAAGUUUAAAAUGUAUGCAUGUUAGACUCUUAGUACCAAGCCUGUAUCUUGGUCAGUAGAGAAACUGGAGUGAUUUAUAAAUGCCAGUUGAUAUGCUUUCUUCCCGGUCCCAUAUCUUAAAGUCCUGGUGGCCAUGCAAAACUAAAUUGUAUUACCUCUGAACUCUCUCCUAUGCCAAUGUUGGCUUUGCAUAUUAUAACCUUAUCAAAUGGUGUCAAAGCCUGCCUACAGUCUGGACAGGUACUCAGUAUGUUGGGUGAUUCUACAUAGCAGGCAUCUGGCACGAAAUGAGGGUUAGAGUUGUUAAUGCUACAGAUUUUCACUCGAGGCCUUUGUCAUCAGACUGAAAAAAAAAAAAACGAAAAAUACACUUCAGUUGCUUUUUCUUUUAUUGUAUUUAUCUUGAAAUAUUAAACUGAGUAAAGACCUUCCCAGGAA